AACAGCAUUCCUUCUGAAGAGCUCUCUCAGGGUUAUUUAUUAUUAAUAAUAAUUGAUAAAAACGAAAGGACAAAUUAGCAGUUGACUGAAAAAUAGAUUCCGAGCAUUGAGAUUUGAAAAUGAACAGUAAUAAUCAAAUUGUAAUGGAUGAAUCGUCGUGGUUUUGUUCAAUGACUGCCAUACCACCAUUUUCCAUACAUUCAAUGGUGUAUGAUUGGUUAAUUUCGCAUAACUUUCAAUUCUUUAGUUUUUGUAAUAGAAAGUCAAAUAGUGUGGAUGAAACAGGUUUAGAAACAACAUCAUCGGCGACAGGUCCUAAUCACCUGACAAUACUCUUAUGUUUAGUAUUGUGUUUAUGUCUUGUUUCCGUUCUGGACAAGAUAAAAUCCUUUUUGAAAUCAAUUCCUAAUAGGGAAAUGGACAAUGAUAAUCAAACGAUAACAACUACUCAAUCAAGCAACACCUUUAUCCAAAAAAUUGUCAACUAUAGUAUGGUUUUGAUUCAUGAGAGAAGAAUUGGAUUGAUAAUUACAACGAUUGGAUUGUUUGUUUUUGCAUUCUUCGUUCUUUCCCAUAAAACUGAUGAACAAGUCAUUUUGCUCAUCAAAUCAAAUAAGAAACAGUUUACGAUUGUGACCCUCAAUCAAACAUUAUCAGAGAAUUCUACCAUUUCCACUCCUCCAUCCAUUUCUCAAAACAAUACCUCAAAUAAUUUAUUAGAAACUCAUUCGAAUCAAACUAACCAAAUUUCAACCUCACUAAGAGAAAAUUCUGUAAAUAACAAUGUACAAAACACCUCUCCAUCAAGAAUUAUCAAAAAUCAACAACUCUACAUUUCACUAAUCAAAUCAACUUGGAUUGAAAUGCAAUUACAAAAUCAACUCAAAGUUGGAACUGUUACAAUGACACCAAGUCAACAAGAUACAUUUUUAGAGUCUGCUUUCAAAGCUAUUUUGAAUAUUGCACUUUUGGCAUUGAAAUUCUUUUAUAUUUAUUUGGCCAUGAUUGGUCUCAUUCUUUUGCUCAGAUGGUUAACCCUUGGAAGUUUAUCUGGAAUAUCAGCACAUCCAAUUGGAAUGGCUCCACCUCUCCCUCCUACCAUUCCAAAUGCUUCCCUUCAAUUUAAUUUUGCUUCCCCUUAAUAAAAUCCUUUAAUUUAUUAC